CCCUCCCCAUCUCCUGGCAAGCCCAUUAUUAGUUUUCCAGUAACCAACAAAGGUCCCCCACAUAAAAAAUAGAAGAAGAAGAAGAAGGGGAGAUUUAACUAUGGCAGAAACCCAGAGCCGUGGCCUUGUUUUCGCCGGUAAGAAGCGAGGAACAGGAACCGAUGACUUUGACGGGGAUGAUAUUUUCGUGGCCAAGAAAUCAAUGUUGCCCACGAUGGCAACGGAAAGCGACCCUGCCGCUGCAUUAGCCAACGCUCGCCAUGAAUUCGGUGAACAUGGUGGUGUUAACAUGUCCAUUGAAGCCUCCGCCACCUUCACCGUCAUGGAACCUGAGACCAUGCGCCGUAUGUUCGCCGGUGAACUCGGUCCUGAUCGUGAUUUCUUCAUCUAUAGCCGUCAUUUUAACCCCACCGUCUUAAAUCUUGGCCGUCUCAUGGCAGCCCUGGAAGGAACCGAAGCUGCUUAUUGCACCGCUAGCGGUAUGUCUGCUAUAUCAUCCGUGCUGUUGCAACUCUGCAGCAGCGGCGGACACGUAGUGGCAUCGAGGACCUUAUACGGCGGCACCCAUGCACUCUUAACACAUUUCUUUCCCAGAGCCUGUAAUAUCACGACCACGUUUGUGGACAUCGGCGAUCUCGAAGCUGUGAAAAAUGCCAUCGUCGAAGGAAAGACCAAAGUGUUAUACUUCGAGUCCAUGUCGAAUCCCACGCUCACCGUAGCCAACAUUCCGGCACUAAGCAGAAUCGGGCACGAGAAAGGAACGACGGUGGUCGUGGACAACACGUUCGCCCCCAUGGUUCUUUCUCCGGCAAGGCUGGGUGCUGAUGUGGUUCUCCAUAGUAUCUCUAAGUUCAUCAGCGGUGGGGCCGAUGUUAUUGCAGGUGCUGUUUGUGGCCCUGCAAGCCUGGUGAACUCAAUGAUGGAUCUUCAUCAAGGUGCGUUGAUGCUUCUGGGCCCAACCAUGAACGCCAAAGUUGCCUUCGAACUCUCCGAGAGGAUUCCUCACUUGGGCCUGAGAAUGAAGGAGCAUUGCCGAAGAGCCAUGGAAUAUGCCAUUAGAAUGAAGAAAUUGGGGCUCAAGGUCAUAUACCCAGGCCUCGAGGAUCACCCCCAGCAUGAGCUAUUGAAGUCCAUGGCCAACAAGGAAUAUGGGUAUGGUGGGCUUCUUUGUGUUGACAUGGAAACCGAAGAAAGAGCCAAUAGGCUGAUGCACCACUUGCAAAACUAUACUCAGUUUGGGUUCAUGGCGGUUAGCUUGGGUUACUACGAGACUCUCAUGUCUUGUUCCGGCAGUAGCACCAGCAGUGAAAUGAAUGCCGAAGAGAAGGAACUUGCCGGCAUUUCGCCGGGGCUGGUGAGGAUGUCCAUCGGAUACAUCGGAACACUAGAGCAGAAGUGGAGCCAAUUAGAAAAGGCACUGUCUAGGAUGCAAGAUGGCACCUUGUUGAAUAAAAACUAAUGUUUGCCUUGGGUGUAUAAAGUCUUGUUUAUGUUGUUUCAGUAGAACUGGAGCGUUUGCAUAAAUAUAAUGCUUUUUUCUUUUAAAA